CAUAGGCAGAAAUGCCUAAACCAAUUUGUAUUAUUGGCCAGGACGUGUUUAUGCUUUAUAACUAGGACAAUUAGGCUUGUUUGAACUCGUUUAUACUCUGCGGCUCCAGGGGUGGUGGCCGCCUGCUGAUCAGUAGUAAGCAUCCGGGCCAACUGGUUAACGCAGUGGAACUGCCUCUCGGGGCGUUUUUGGGCUUUAAGAGUUGCGGCCGGUGUCCAGCAACAAGGGUCUUCGAUAUUGUGGAGGUAAAUAAUGUGGUUGGGGGGCGGAAAUGGAGCUGUGACGACAUUCGUGAGAUAUUUCUCGAGAAAACGAGCACCCAAUCUGCGGAAAAUCAACCCUAAGGUGCCGCAGCAAGAGGCCGCCGUCAUUGCUGAAUCUCUCUAUCACAUCAUCAAGCAGAACGGCCCUCUAUCCGUCUCCAACACUUGGAACCACGCCAAGGAAGCUGGUAUCAAUGGAUUAAAUAGCAAGACACACAUGAAGCUGAUGCUUAAGUGGAUGACGGGUAGAAGCAUGUUGAAGCAAACUUGUAACCAUGUCGGCUCCAGCAAGAAAUUUGUGCUUUCAACUCUGCCUGAAGAGUCUCAAGUCAACCAACCAAAAAAUUCUGUGGAUAUGGUGCUUAAGUGUGAAAAUCCCAACACAAAAGGAGUAAGACAGGUGCAGUCCAAGACAAAAGGGGCUAAACAAGCACGGUAGUACACGUCAAAAGGAAAACAAGAUGAUUACAUGCUUAGUGAGCAUCAGAGAGAUAAAAUGGUUAUGCCAGUGGUGAAUGCAUACACCGCGGUGUAGCUUUUGUCAAGCGCAUUGGUGUCAUCCUGGAUCUAUGUGGUUCUUAUUAACGAAACUUUUAGCUACAUGAAGCGAUCUGUACGUGGCUUUCAGGUUAUCCAAGUUAUGAGACUUAGUGGCUUAAUCCUUAACCUAUUUGCUUUUUUCCAAUGGAAAUUUGUAGCUCUAUGAAACCAUCUGCAUAUUGCUUUUGGAUGACCCAGAUUGCGAGACUCAGUAGCUCUGUUAGUGAUGUGUUUUUGGCCCGGAAUGCCUCUCCAAUCUCGAUUGGCUGACUUAUAUUCUAGUACUGGCCUUCCCUUAGGGAUUGGGUUUUGUUUCAUUUUGAACCAUUUUGCUCUGAGCGACUGGUGCUGUUCUUUAUUGAGCAUAUCCUCAAUUGUUUUGAGACAUGGAAACAUAUGUUCGACCUGAAGGA